CGUUCUUUGGCUCCCUUCAUCAUCCCGACUUUUGCAAGCUGAAAUUGGAAGAAAUUUCCUUUUUGUUUCAUUCUACAAUUACAGCUUAAGAUGUCUUAUUCAUGAGCCUUCUCUCCUUCUUACCACUCGCGCCUGCUCUCCUCUUCCAUCUUGAGCCACAACCAUCGGAGUUCUCGUGAAACGUAUAUCUCUCUCUCUCGAAGAUAAUGCUCUUGUGGCUCACCAUUUUCUGUUAUGGUUUUUGUUUUCUUUUAGAGCUGCUGCAUGUGUGGAUUCCUUCAGCAGAUUUGUUUCUUGCUUUGCUAUUGUUUCAAGUGUAAUGAUCCAUAAUUGCUUUUCAGUUGAAUUCCCUAUUUUUUUUGUGGCCAGAGGCUCUUAUCGGGUCUUUAUAUCUGGUGUCUGUUGUAUAAAUUUGAUUAGGUCAAGUGAAAAGUUCUGAAUUUGCAAUCUUGAAUUAUCUCCGGUGGAAUUUCUCAACUUCCAAUAUCCUUUUUUUUUUCUUGUUGUACUAUUGAAUAGGUUUUUCUUACCGUUUCUUAUAAUCCAUUCUUCUCUCUGCAAGUUGACUCCUUUUCUUUCUCUCUCUCUCUCUUUUCCCUUCUGUAUCUGCUACAUCUUUACUUGUUUAAGCAAUACUUCAGUGUAUUUAUUUCAUGGAUUUCUUUGCUUUUGCUUCCUUCUUCCAACUCUAACAGUUACAUAACCGUUACUGAAAGAUUGUUGUUGUUGUUGUUUUCUCUUCAGCGAGUUAUGUCGUUUAUUUACCUUGUAUAUCUAGUGUAUAAAAUUUAGUCCUUUUGCUUUCUUGCUAUUAACUGAGGAGAAAAGCUCUGAACUUUCCAUCCCCUUUAUUAAUUUCUUUGAUGGGUUUUUCAUUCAGUUCCUUCUAAUCCUUUAUUCGCCCUGCAAUUUUAUCCUUUCCUAUCUCUUUAUACUUGUUUCGGUUGCAAUAUCUUAAAUGUCUCCUUCGUAUCUCCCUCUCCAUUGGGAGAGUACUGGAGACAAGUGGUGGUAUGCUUCACCCAUAGACUUGGCAGCAGCCAACGGCUACUAUGAUCUUGUUCGUGAGCUCCUCCAUCUUGACAUGAAUCUCCUAAUCAAGCUCACCUCCCUUCGCCGGAUCCAGCGGCUUGAGGCUCUAUGGGAUGAUGGCAACCACCUUGUUCAUGCUGCUAAAUGCCAAUCCAUUGUUGCCCACAACCUCCUACUUGAAUGUGAAACCAAGAACAACAAGAACAGCCUAAUUCAAGCAGGAUACGGGGGGUGGCUUCUAUACACUGCAGCUGCAGCUGGUGACAAUGGCUUCGUCCAAGAGCUACUUGAGAGAGACCCACUUUUAGUAUUUGGAGAAGGCGAAUAUGGUGUCACCGAUAUGCUCUACGCAGCGGCGAGGAGCAAGAACAUUGAGGUGUUCAAGUCUAUAUUUGAUCGUGCGAUAUCUCCUAGGUGUUUGGAUGGUGAGGGAGGAGGAAGUGAAGAGGCAUUAGAGAGUGGGAGGGAUAAAGUUUCAUUUUUUAGAUGGGAGAUAGUUAACAGGGCAGUUUUCGCCGCUGCAAAGGGAGGGAACUUGGAAGUAUUGAAAGAGCUUCUUAUGGAGAGUUUGGAUGUUUUGGAUUAUAGAGACAACCAAGGAGCUACCAUCUUGCAUGCUUCAGCAGGAAGAGGGCAAGUUGAGGUAGUUAAAGAUCUCCUGGAAACAUUCAACAUCAUUGAAAGCAGAGACAAUCGAGGCAACACAGCACUGCAUAUUGCUGCGUUUAGAGGACAUCUACCAGUUGUUGAGGCCUUGAUUUCUGCAUCGACAUCUUUGUCUCAUUUAAAGAACAAUGAUGGUGACACUUUUUUCCACUUGGUUGUAGCAAGCUUUCAAAUGUCUGGCUUUCGAUGCCUUGACCGCCAAAUGAAGCUGGUGCAACAACUGAUUUCCGGCAACAUCGUAAACGUUCAGAACAUCAUCAACAUACAGAACAACAAUGGAAGAACAGCUCUCCAUGUUGCAGUGAUUGGUACUUUGCACUCUGACCUUGUUGUGCUCCUUAUGGCCAUUCCCUCGAUUGACAUUAAUGUUCAGGAUAUCAAUGGCAUGACUCCGCUCGACCUGCUCAACCGACAAGUCGGUUCUUCCACAUCGAAUUUACUGAUCAAGAAGUUUGUUUCAGCUGGCGGGAUUCUGAAUUCGAAUGGCCCAAGCAUUGAAUCAGGGAUGUCUUCACUGUUGAAAGUGCAAUCUGGCACAGGAAACAGCCCAGGCUCUUCCUUCAGAAUCGCAGAUUCGGAGGAGAUUUUCUUAUACGCAGGAAUUGAGGGAGCUGAGGCCAGUGGGAGGCUACUAAGCUCAUGCUCCAGUAUCAGCAAGAGUGAGAGUGAGGAUCAUACAAACAAGAAGAAACCUUCAAGCUCUCUUAAUGCUGCAGCAAGGAAACUCAGAAUUCUCCUCAGAUUGCCGCUUCAUAAAGUGAAGAAGAUUGAUGAUGACUGUCAUGAUUCAAUGAGCUCUGUAACAAAAUGGAGCGAAGGGGAGGAGAUACCUACACCCCUCAGACAAACUUACUCCAACGGGACCUCCUCUCUCGUGAACAAUAAGCGAACGGUUGCGGUAAGGACAUCAGUGCCUAGCCCAGCCACAAAGAAGAAAUUUGCAGCAAGCUUAAUCCAUGGAGUCUUCCAAGAAAGGCCACAGCUAGCUCCUUAUUCACAACCACAGACUCCAGUGAGCUCCUUUCCCUGCUCUCAGGUCUCAUCACCAUUGUCAGAGAAGCAGAAGGUUGUUUAUGUCGACAAUGAGAAGAUCAUGAAGACCACACUCAAUCACUUUGUUUAUAGUCACAUUACAAAGGCUUCAUCAAAGAAAUUAAGUUUGAUAAAUUCGAAGUUUAUGAAUAAAUUCUUCUGUGUUGAGGCAAAUGGCCUGGAAAUAAAGAACUCAUCAGCCAGAAUGACCCUUGGUCGCUGUGUUCCUCCUGAUGGUUGAUGAAGAAAUCAGGAAUGUAUGAUUUGAAUUUGGGAUCAAAUAGGAAGAGCAAAUCUGAAGUUGUGAAAGAUACAUGGCAAGGUUUUUCCUUUUUUUACAAAGCUGAAAAGUAUAGGCAAAUGUAAAGUCCUUUUGAGUGAGAAUUUGUAUUUGAUCUACAGCUCCCUGUUGCUAACUUUGAACCCCCUUGAAUCCUACAAGUUGACCUUGUUUUCUUUGUUAGCUAUCCUAUUUUUAUCUAUAAGAUCCAUAUUUUUAUUUCA